UCUGACUGUUGUUGACACUCUGUCGCCUUGUAGUGCUAACACAACGUCAUGUUAUGCAGUACAGCGAGGUUGCUCAUUUAAAUACUGUUGGACAUUUCUCGUGAGCUUUGAAGGACGACAAUAACAUUUACAUUUUUAUUAUUGCAUGGCUGUUUAGCAGCAUUUGCCUAGCAGUUGUAUGCAACUGGCUAUCAUACUAACUAGUUGACUUUACUUUUUAUAUAACUAGCAAAUUAAGGUUAGCUAGCUAGCUAACGUAAUGCCAUUUUGCAGUUUUCUUGUUAGCUGCUUAAGAUAAGCUAUAAUGAGCACUUUUGUUUUCUGGAGUCAGGGUAGCUCCGAAGUGGAUUGGUGUGAAGGAAACUAUUUGAUUUACCCUGGAAUAGCAGAGUUCUACAAUACGGUCAGCAACAUACUGUUUUUUAUCUUGCCACCUAUUUUGAUGUGUCUUUUUCGGCAAUAUGCAACACAUUUCAACAGUGGAAUAUAUCUGAUCUGGACUUUGCUGGUUGUGGUCGGAAUUGGCUCCACAUACUUCCAUGCCACCCUUAGUUUCCUCGGCCAGAUGCUGGAUGAACUAGCCAUACUGUGGGUGCUCAUGUGUGCCAUCGGCAUGUGGUUCCCCAAGAGAUACCUGCCCAAGGUAUUCCGCAGGAACAGGCUGUGGUUUAAAGUGAUUAUUGGGAUCCUCUCAGGAGUCACCACAGGACUGGCGUUCAUUAAACCUGCCAUCAACGCCUUCUCUCUAAUGGGCCUGGGCAUACCCUGCACCGUCCUGCUCGUCUCCGAGCUCAAGAGGUGCGAGAAUCUGCGGGUGUUUAAACUGGGCCUGCUCACUGGCAUGUGGUGGUCACUGGCUCUGCUCUGUUGGAUCAGUGACAGGAUCUUCUGUGACUUGUGGUCCUACGUGAACUUCCCCUAUUUGCACUGUGCGUGGCACAUACUCAUAUGCCUGGCCUCCUACCUCGGGUGUGUGUGCUUCGCAUACUUUGACGCGGCCUCGGAAGCUCCAGAACAGGGCCCCGUGGUCAAAUUCUGGCCUAGUGAGAAGUGGGCUUUCAUUGGUGUGCCCUAUGUCACUCUUCUGUGUGUCCAGAAGAAGCACUUUGUCAAAGUUACUUAGCCAGCACAGGUCUCACCAGUGGCCCAGCAUACUUGGAAUUACUGUCCUUUUUACACUCUGCCAAACUCCCAGCAUUGUUGAGAAUUUCUGCAGCGCAUAUUUAAAAUGUGCUUUCUAAAAAUUGCUGAAAGUGUGAUACAUUUUCAUUUUUCAUGCUGUGGGUGUUUUGGUAUGAAGUGUACUGUGCGUUUCCUUGCUGUGUGUAAUUUACAGAUGAGAGAGAUGAACUACAUAGAUAUGGUAAAUUGUUUUCUUUUGUUACAGUUUUAUCACAAGUUGGCUGAAAUUGGUGUAACUGCUGACAGCUUCCAAUGACCCUUUUUUGCCAUUUACUAUUGACUAUUAACAUGUUCCAAAAUGUUGCAGGCAAUGACAUUGAAUGGGCCCCUACUUCUUUUGUUUAUUUGACUUAAUAUAUAAGCCUAUACUAAUAUAACAUGUACAGUAUUGUUCAAAAGUUUGGGAAAUUGUCCCUGUUUUCCAUGAAAUCAUACGUUAAAAUAGUUUGAAUUGGAUAUAUAGCAAAAUUAAUAGGAAAUAUUGUAAUUGACAUGGUUAGAAACAAUGAUUUUUAAUUGAAAUAAUAAUUGUGCCCUUCAAACUUUGCUUUCAUCAAAGAAUCCUCCAUUUGCAACAACUGAGUAGUGCACAGCUAUGUACGAGAUCUUCAAUUUCUUGGCGAUUUCUCACAUUGAAUAGCUCUCAUUUUUCCGAACAAGAGUGGACUGAUGAGUUUCAGAAGAAAGUUCUUUGAUUCGGGCCAUUUUGAGCCUGUUAUCGAACUCACAGUUGCUGAUGCCCCAGAUACUCAUCUAGUCUAAAGAAGGCCAGUUAUAUUGUUCCUUUAAAUCAGCACCACAGUUUUCAGCUCUGCUAACAAUUACAAAAGGGUUUUCUAAUGAUGUAAGCCUAUGUCAAUAUUACAUAAGAAAUCAGCUGUUUCCAGCUACAUUAGUCAUUUACAACAUUAACGAUGUGUACAAUGUGUUUGAUACAUUUUGUUAUUUUAAUGGCCUGAAAAUGUGCUUUUCUUUCAAAAACAAGGACAUUUCUAAGCGACCCCAAACUUUUGAACGCUGUGUAACUAUUACAUUUGCAGUGCAAUGUUUGCCAGUAUUAUAACUUAAGGUAAUGUCUUAUUGGUUAUUUCAAAUGAAAUGUGUCAUAUAUGGGUUGGGUAGGUUCCUUUUUAAAUGUAAUCAGUUACAAGUUACCUAUCCACAUUUAUAAUCAGUAACGUAACUUUUUUAUGACUCAAACUCAGUAACGUAAUCUGAUUGCUCUGAAUUACUUUAAGAUUACUUUCAUAUUAAGAGGCAUUAAAAAACGUGAACAACUGCACACAAAUAUGUUUUACUAGCGCAAACGUAACCUGCAAUUAUUAGGGCUACCAGCAAAGGAUUUUCAAAACAUAAAUGAAAUAAAUAAACUGUGACUAUACA